AUGGAAGAAAGCUCGAUUUUCGACGCUCGAGCCAUCGCUCCGUCAGCUCGCCCAGAAGUACAACUGCAACAAGUAGAUCUGGAGAAAGUGCUACGAUCGUUUCCCACCACAUGCCAGCAACUGCAGAAAAAAGAAGUGCGGACACUCGAACGAUCUUCGCAUCAAGAAGAAGUUGAAGAAUACUAUCUCAUAUAUAUUUCGGAUGUCAUGUCCUUAGGUGAUAUUAAAUGCAUUGAGAGCAACCAGAAUCCGGCAUCCGAUUGCGAAGACAACAACGACACGAGCUGUGCACAUGAGAAGUCGCAUGGAUCAAUUGGGUUUAAUAAUAAUUAUCAGAUAAGAGUUCCUAUUAUCCUUCCUGAGGACAAUAAGGACAUGAUCAUGGAGCUAGAUAAGAAAAAAAAAUGUCUGGUAGGUAGCAAGUACUCAUCGGACCUUGCAUCUACUAUGGACCACGACGCCUGA